CCCAUCAAGUCAUUAGAAACGCCACACAAUAAUUAGACGAUUGUUUCGAUACGUAAAUUUACAUACCAUAUUUUCAAUUUUCAAAAUGAAGACAUUAUUUGUACUUUUAACGUUGUGUAUGUUACAAAUCUCGUGGUGCAAAAUCGAUCAAACGUGGUGGAAACACACGACCAUAUAUGAAGUAUUUUUGCCAUCUUUUAAAGAUGGAAACGGUGAUGGAAUGGGUGAUCUAAAAGGACUGAUUUCAAAACUGGAUCAUUUUGUGGAUUUGGGCAUCGAAACAGUAUAUAUUACUCCUCAUUAUGAAUCUCCAAUGGUGGACAGUGGUUAUGAUAUAACCAAUUUUGUCGCCGUUAAUCCAGUCAUGGGAACGAUGGAAGAUUUUGAAAUGCUCAUUAAAGAGAUGAAAAUCAGAGGAUUGAAACUGAUAAUAGAUCUGAUAAUAAAUCACAGCAGUGAUGAACAUCCUUGGUUUAUCAAAUCAGUCAACAAAGAGCACCCUUAUACUGAUUAUUUCAUAUGGAAAGAUCCAAAAGGAUAUGAUACCAACGGAAAACCUACAGUUCCUAAUAACUGGCUCAAUGUUUUCGGUGGAAGUGCUUGGGAAUGGAACGAUAAGAGAAAACAAUUUUACUACCAUCAAUUCACUCCCAAACAGCCAGAUUUCAAUUUGCGCAAUAAACUAUUGAAAACUGAAAUAAAGAAAAUAUUCAAAUUUUGGUUAGAUAAGGGAGUUGCUGGAUUCAGGUUAGACGCUGUGAAACACUUACUAGAAGAUGCUGAAUUUAGAGAUGAACCAGUUUCUUCUCCUGAUAUAAAAGUACCAAUCCAGUAUCAAGACUUGAGACAUAUUUAUACUCAAAAUGUAUGGGAUUCUUAUCAAUUCCUUCAUGAAUUGCGAGUUUUUAUUGAAAGAGUUACCAGAAAGUUUACAGAUUUUGAAAGAGUUUUAAUUUCAGAGGAUUACGUAGAAGGUGAAUUAUUGACCAAAUAUUAUGGCACGGAAAAAUAUAAAAUUGUGCACGUGCCUUUGAAUUUCAAUCUGGCUUAUAUAAUUCGUUAUGAAAAUGCAAACUAUUAUCACAACGUCAUCAAUGAUUACCUCAGAAUUUUACCAGAGGGGGGCACACCAGCUUGGAAUGCAGAAAACCAUGACAAGUUUAGAAAAGCUUUCAUACUAAAUGAAGAGUUUGAGUUUACAUUCGCUUCGAUGGUGUUAACGUUGCCUGGCAUGGCGUAUCUUUACUAUGGACAAGAAAUAGGUGUGACUGGGUCUAAAAUCAGGCCAGAUCAGGAAGUGAAUAAAUUCCCCGAUGAUUUUACGAAAGUCAGUCGAGAUUAUUUCAGACACCCUAUGGCGUGGGACGAUUCGUUAAAUGGAGGGUUCACAAAUAACGAGAAAGCAUACCUGCCUUUAAAUUCUAAUUACUGGAGAGUUAAUGUAAAAAGUCGGAAAAGCGAAGACAAUGCAGGUUAUUAUCACAUGUUCAAGAAAAUUGUAAACUUGAGAAACACUGACACGCUGAAGUAUGGUGACUUUAAAUCGUUUGUGAUUUCUACCUGGGUAUUUGCAUAUACGAGGAAAUUAGAAGGGCGCGAGUCAUACGUCAUGAUUUACAAUUUGGGAAGUGAAACUGAAUUCGUCGAUCUUAACGAUUCUAUCGAUGAUUUACCAGAAUUCAUGACUAUUGAAGUAGCUAGUCCAAAUUCAGGUUAUCAAGUCGGAGAACAACUGCCAACAGGUCAACAAAUUCCUAAAAUAUUGAUAUUGAGACCAUACAUGACUUUGAUUCUCAGUACACGAUCUUCUAAUGCAUGAUUAAAAUAUAAAACGUCUUUUAUAACAUGUUUGUAUGUAUAUACACGUUCAUUAAAUAUAA